GUAGGAGGAAAUAGCUGUUUUGCAUUCUUUCUAACGUCUUUGCACUCCUAAAUGACAAACUUGGUAGCUAACUACAUGUUUAUUUGAAGUGAAAAUGAAAGCAACAUACAAAACCUUUUUUGUAUUUUAUGUCUUGAUAUCGAAUGUUUUUGUGAACGCGUUCGAACCAAUCUCAACCACAUUUGUCGGUUUGGGAUUUACAGCAGUGGGGCGGAAAAUGUACAAUUAUGUAUAUGGUGAAAGUUGCGAUUCAAAAUGGAUUACUUUUAAUUCAACAGGUUUGGAAGUGGCUCUACAUAAGAAACUGUUUGGUCAACAUGUUGCCUCUAGAGUCAUCCAGAAAUCUGUAACAGGUUUCAUGAACAAUAAAAACCCUAGAAAGCCCCUGGUGCUCUCUCUACAUGGCUGGACUGGCACAGGGAAGGACUUAGUCAGGAAGUUGAUAGCUGAAAACAUCUACAAGAAGGGCAUGGCCAGCAGUUUCGUCCAUCAGUUUGUGACUUCUACUCACUUCCCUCAUCCGAGUCAGAUUGAGAACUACAAGUCUCAACUGCAGCAGUGGGUCAAAGGCAAUGUCACCAACUGCCCACGUUCCAUGUUCGUCUUUGACGAGAUGGACAAGAUGCACCCUGGCCUGAUCGACUGUAUAAAGCCCUACCUGGAAUACUAUGAAAAUCUGGAUGGUGUCUCGUACCGCCAAGCCAUCUUCAUCUUCCUCAGCAAUGCCGGAGGGGAGAAAAUCACGCAGGUGGCCCUGGACUUCUGGAAAGCAGGUCGAGACCGAGAGGAGAUUAAAUUGCAUGACUUAGAACCAGCUCUCUCCCUGUCUGUGUUCAACAACAAGAAGAGUGGGUUGUGGCACUCUAGUCUGAUAGACAAGAACCUAGUUGACUUCUUUGUCCCCUUCCUGCCUCUGGAGUACAGACAUGUGCUGCUGUGUGGCAUGGCAGAGAUGUCCGCCAGGGGCCUGGAGCCCAACCAGGACGUGGUCGACCAGAUGGCCAGAGAGAUGGUCUAUUUCCCAAAGAGCGAGAGGAUCUUCUCCGUCAAUGGCUGCAAGACCAUCAACGGAAGGCUAGAUUACUUCACAUAAUGCAUGUUUGAGGCCAACUACGUUGCUGCCGGCGGCUGCAGACUGACUGAUCUAAUCAUAAUGAGCAGUAAUUUAGGAUGAAAGGUGGUUUGUAGGUCUGAUCAGUCGUUCUGCAUUUGCUGACGGUAAUGUAGACGAUCUCCGAGGGAACAGCUACUGUAUCUAUCUACCUCCUACUCUACUGUGUGCACUUUCUUUUUUAAAUGUAAAAAAAAAAUGUUGCCCCCUUUUCUCCCCAAUUUCGUGGUAUUCAAUUGUUUUUAGUAGCUACUAUCUUGUCUCAUCACUACAACUCCCGUACGGGCUCGGGAGAGACAAAGUUUGAAAGUCAUGCGCACAUCCAACCCGGAAGCCAGCCGCACCAAUGUGUCGGAAGAAACACAGUGCACCUGGCAACCUUGGUUAGCGCGCACUGCGCCCGGCCCGCCACAGGAGUCGCUGGUGUGCGAUGAGACACGGAUAUCCCUACAGGGCCUCCCAGGUGGCGCAGUGGUUAAGGGCGCUGUACUGCAGCGCCAGCUGUGCCAUCAGAGACUCUGGGUUCGCGCCCAGGCUCUGUUGUAAUCGGCCGCGACCGGGAGGUCCGUGGGGCGACGCACAAUUGGCCUUGCGUCGUCCAGGUUAGGGAGGGUUUGGCCAUGAUGAUGACCCGCCCCUCAGGCCUCCCACUGUCAACACAACCAUGUGGAGAACAUCAACGGCCUUGUUCUUGUAGUGUCACUUCUCCCUAAAGAUGGAUUACCGAGAGAGAGGAUGCCAGAUUUAAGAAGAGAUAUAAAAUUAAAACACUGAGGGGAAACGCUAUUCUUUUUAACCAAUCAAGGUGCUUGUUCCUGAUUUCAAUUUUUUUGUAAAUGAUUACCUCCAAAUAAUGAUUUUCUUUUUCAUGGAAUUCUGCUGCACAUGAACUAUGGCAAGUGAAAAUGAGUUGUGUAUUAGAAACAAAUGUGGUUUAAAGUUACAAUCUCUAGUACUGUAGAAAGGGCCCAUGGAGUUGGUGGAAGAAUCCUUUAAUUCAUGGCCACUUACUCAGCUUGGCCAGGAGCGCUUUAAUUAGGUCAGGUGGAAAUGUCCGACAGAUCUCAACUCCAUAAAAGGAGGAAAUCUGUGAUCUGACUGCUUUCUCUUCCUUAACUCCGUCUAAUCCAGAAGUUCUGUGUGUCCAUGAAUCCACGUAAGUCCACCAAAUCUGUUACCUUUCAUCUGAACCUUUCAUCUGAACCUUUCAUCUGAACCUUUCAUCUGAACCUUUCAUCUGAACUUUUCAUCUGAACCUUUCAUCUGAACUUUUCAUCUGAACUUUUCAUCUGAACUUUUCAUCUGAACUUUUCAUCUGAACUAUCUGUUGCGAUCGGGAGAGUGGGCCAUAAGUUAUUGUUUAUAGUUAUUACCGCGGAGUGCAGCUUGUAGAGCACGCUUCAAACCUAUUGUGUAAUGUGAAUGGUCAAUGAUCACAGCCCUACGGAUCAUCACAGGCCAAUUAUGCGAAACGAUAUAUGGUUAAUAUGUCAUGAAAUUACAUGUACAUAUGAAGACACUUGAAAGGGUGAAAUAUGAAACGUCAUCGUUUGCUGAACUGAUCGAUUCUGAUAUCAAACCAAUGGGGAUUAUAGAUUGAAUAACCGAUCACUGUUUGUAUUAUUCUUCUCGUGAUUAUGAUUAAUAGUUACGAGCAUAAAUUUCUCAAGGAUGAUUCCUAUUGACUUCUUAAUGAACUGAUUUGUUGAAUUCCCUAAUUAUAUUUAUAAUGAAUGAUUAUGAUUUGAUAUUUCUGAUUAUGAAUUUGAUUGUACACAUGUUAUCAGUUUGAUUGGAUACAUGUUAUUCUGUUUCCUUUGUUAUGCAGCACAGACUACCCAGUAAAUAUACCACUUUAUGGUUAAAGGAA